AUGGGUCGCAGAAUCGCUCAUGAGGUCGGCAGCAGUCAAAGUGAUAACUGGUGGAAAAGUCGCCAUCGUCCAAAAAGACAGCGUUUGACCACUGCUUCCCGCUGCAGCUUUUGUCCCCGGUCAGAACGACAGCAGUUGGCAUUACUGAGGAGGAAACAGGUACAGGCUCAGGCACAGGUACAGGCGCCUGUGUCCAGCGAAGUUGACGGCUCGUGUCCCAUCGUCAGCCGCUCGUCGUCCUCCUCCUCCUCACUUGCCGCUGUCCCCCCUGAACCGGCUGCCGUCGCUGCCCCGGCGUCGCCUCGUGGCCACAACGUGGCGCGCUCCAGCCGUCGCAAUAACUGCGGCGAAACACUGCUGCACAUCGCCGCUCGUAGAGGCAACACUAAGCGCUGUUCGGAGUUGCUCGACGAAGGAGCUGAUGUCAACGCGAUUACGUGGGUCGAUUGGCAGUCGGCGACGAAUCGCGCCCGCCGCAACGUGCCCGCUAUUGAGCGUGGUUUGAGCGUAGUUUUUCUGAGUAUUCUCCAUCCAACCGAGGCCUUCCUGCCUCCUGGGUGGACUCCAUUACAUGAAGCUUGCAAUCAAGGACGGUACGAAGUGGCUAAGCUAUUGAUCGAACACCAAGCUGACGUGUUUGCUAAGGGCUUGGAAGACGACACUCCUCUUCACGACGCCGUGCGUAGCGGAAAUACAGAGCUAAUUCAACUGCUACUCUGCCGGGGUGCUGAUCCGCUUCAAAAUAAUGCCUUGAAAAUCAAGCCGAUUGACCUCUGUGUGAAUGACGACGUUAAACGGGUGCUGCUUGGAACUGUCGGCGUUCAGGCCGUAGAAGAACACCUCGACAGUUUUAGUCAAGAAACCAACUCGUCUCAGAACACUUCUGAAUCUGCAAGUGCUGACAGUGGUUUGUUUCAACAGGGCAUUCACGAUGACCGGCCAGUGGUAAUCAGACUAGCUUUUGACGCGAUGGCCACUGAGAAUUUUCCCGUGAGCAGGGGUUUGUCAUCUUCGGUUUCCGGUCAGUUUUCGGAGGCCGAUGCUGACAAAACCGUCGUUGCUGAGUUCGCAGCCAAUCCCGAUGGAAGUAGACUUGCGGAUCCUGUAUCCACUGGCGAUGGCAGCGGUGAAUCGAGUUCGUUGACGACUGCAGUCAGCGUUGGAGGCAACGAAUAUGGAGGGGGCUCAGUGCCGCAGACACCCUCAAGGACUGGGCCACACACUAGGCGUUACUUGAAGCGCUCUCGUGGCAGCAGCCGUCAGCAGCAUCAGCAGCAAGAAGCUACUCGCCACUGCAUGAAGCGAAAGCUGAGCCGACGUGACACGAUGCGCAAAACAAAGGUCACUGCUGCGGUGGACGUCUACGAGUUCCACACGUCCGAUUCAGAGAACGAGUCGUCCUUGCCCAAUAUCUCGCCGUCGUACAGAUGCAAGAUCAAGUCCACCGCUAACGGUUCCAACAGGCAGCAGCAACCGCCGCCGAAUAUCGUAGAACUUCCCGUUGCUGUCAGCAAUGCCACCAGUCUAUCCUCACCACCUCCUGCUUCAACCCCUGUCCUCCCAAACGUGGAGCGUCAGCAGCAGUUGAAUCUCGACGUCGAAACAGAGAUGUUAAAUAUCACCGUGACCGGCAGUGCACCUUGCCAGUCGCAGCCACCGCCUGUAUGUUCGCCGCCGAACGUCGGAGACACAACUUCGUUGCCGGUGACACAGCCGUCAGUGAUGGCGUCUUGGUCGAAUUCGGCUAAGAGAAACGAGCUUACGAGCGGUAGCUCGCUCAAGGAACGCCUGCUCGCCUCGUACCGGAAGGAAAGCAGUCAGAUUUCGCAGCUGAUCUGUUCCAUGAAGUCGAUGACCUGUCAGUCUGAAACAACGGUGGCGGUAGCGACGACAGACAACCUGGCCGUCGGCGAUGUCGCCGGAGCAUCCGGCGACCAAAAGACCAUUGAGGGUUCGUCAGUUUUACCCACUGUCGUUUAUUUUUCACCGAUUUCCAUGUGUCUGAAAAAUCCUGUUUCAGACGAGAGUGACAGCGGCGAGGCUCGCGGCCGGUACGGCGCACCACCACGUUACCUGCAAUGCGCUGAUGGUCACACGAAAGUCAUUGCUGCCGAGCCGACGACGUCCGGCGUCAGCAAAACCGCCUCACCCAAAGUGCCGCCUUUAAAACUGGUCUUGUCGAACCCGGGCAGGAAAAAUAGCGAAGACGAACCGGGUAAAGACGGCAGCCCAACUUACGUGGUCAGAAGCGAAAAUCAUUCCCCAGAAAUCAGAGAAGAAGCGAGCCACUGCCAUAAAGCUGACGACGCGGCCAAGCGCACCGCUGCCCCCGUCGAGUCGUCGCACCGCAUC